AUGGUGAAAGAAAAGAAAAAAGCAGACAAAAAAGGAGAUAAGUCAGCCCAUUCUCCCUCUUCUGGCUCAGAGUUUCCAGAGUUUUCCAAGCAAGAUGGCAGUGCUCUUAGGCAAGAACCGCCCCCAAGUGGCAUCCAGGCACUGGAAUUGCCACUUAAGGAACCAUUACCCAAAAGAGAGUCUAAAGCUCUUCAACAGAGUGAAGAUGCCACUCAGUAUGAAGAACCCAUUCUGACUAAACUCAUAGUGGAAAGCUAUGAAGGAGAGAAAGUCCGAGGACUGUACGAAGGAGAAGGCUCUGCAGUCUUUCAAGGUGGUUGUACCUACCAUGGUAUGUUUUCAGAAGGAUUCAUGCAUGGACAAGGGACUUACAUUUGGGCUGACGGAUUGAAGUAUGAGGGGGAUUUUGUGAAGAACAUUCCUAUGAACCAUGGCGUGUACACUUGGCCAGAUGGCAGCAUGUAUGAAGGGGAAGUGGUGAACGGCAUGAGGAACGGAUUUGGGAUGUUCAAGUGCAGCACACAGCCUGUAUCCUACGUCGGCCACUGGUGCCAAGGCAAGAGACACGGGAAGGGCUCCAUUUAUUACAAUCAGGAGGGUACCUCUUGGUACGAGGGAGAUUGGGUCUACAACAUCAAAAAGGGCUGGGGAAUAAGAUGUUACAAAUCUGGAAACAUAUAUGAAGGCCAGUGGGAAGACAAUAUGCGCCACGGGGAAGGCAAGAUGAGAUGGCUGACGACAAAUGAGGAGUAUACCGGCUCCUGGGAGAGGGGAGUCCAGAAUGGCUUUGGAACACACACAUGGUUUCUCAAGAGAAUCCCCAACUCCCAGUAUCCUUUAAGAAAUGAAUACAUAGGAGAGUUUGUGAACGGAUGUCGUCAUGGACAUGGAAAGUUUUACUACGCCAGUGGAGCCAUGUAUGCGGGAGAAUGGGUUUCCAAUAAAAAACACGGCAUGGGUCGAUUGACUUUCAAGAAUGGGCGCGUGUACGAAGGCCCGUUUUUCAAUGACCACAUAGCACAGUUUCCAGAUCUUGAAGUUGAAUUUAUAAGUUACCUGGACCUGCCCGUAGAUGAUGCCCAAAUAGACAGGCAACGCAAAUCUUCUGAUAGUGCUGAAAUUAUCAGAAAGCUUGAUGGCAGUAAAAGUCGUUCUGUGUUAGGAUCAGGCAUUGAACUGGACGUAAAUUUGCUGCUGAACAUGUAUCCUAAGGAAAAUCAAGCAGAAGAAAAAAAGCAGGUAGAAUUCGCUGUCUUAAGAAACAUUACAGAAUUAAGAAGAAUCUAUAGCUUCUACAGUAGCCUAGGAUGUGAUCACUCUCUGGAUAAUACAUUUCUGAUGACAAAGCUUCACUUCUGGAGAUUUCUAAAAGAUUGCAAAUUUCAUCACCACAAUAUAACUCUUGCUGAUAUGGACAGGAUAUUAAGUGCCAACAGUGAUAUACCAGUUGAAGAAAUUCAUUCUCCAUUUAGAACAAUACUUUUGAGAACAUUCUUGAACUAUCUGCUGCGCUUGGCUUACCACAUUUAUCACAAAGACUUUCAAAGCAGAAGUCCAUCGCUCUUUUUGUGUUUCACAAAACUGAUGACUGAGAAUAUCCAUCCAAAUGCCUGCCAAGUAAAAGGCACUUUGUUCAGUGAGCAACAGAGGACACUCUACUCAAUGAAUUACAUUGAUAAGUGCUGGGAGAUUUACAUAGCUUAUUGCAGACCAAAUGUAGCUCCACCCAAUGAGCUUACAAUGAAGAUGAGACACUUCCUCUGGAUGUUGAGAGACUUUAGGAUGAUAAAUAAAGAAUUAACUGCAACCAAAUUUGUGGCAGUAAUAGCAGAGGACAAUCCUUUCAUACAUGAUGGGGUCGACAGCAACUUAGAACUUGAGCUGGUUUUCCUGGAAUUCUUUGAAGCUCUCUUAUGCUUUGCAGUCAGCUAUGUUCCUGACCAAAUGAAUAAAUCCUGUUUACAUGCUCAAUAUGAUGAUCUGUUUGGAAACAAAAUUGGAAGUAUUCAAAUGGUAAUGAGUCAGAGCAUCCACAACAGGAGUCCAAGUGUAGUCACGAGCCACGAGUCUGACGUCGUUACCUUYAGCAACACCAAGUCAUCUUCAAGCAAGUUAGGAUUCUUCCCUGAUAUGAGAUUAAGGAAAUCAGAGCCCAAGAUCAAGAAGUCUCUAAGUGAUGACAAAUGUUCCAAAAUGAAUUUUAAACCUUCAGGAAAAGGGCUGGCCUUCUUAUCCCAGAAUGAGAAAAAUGAAAAACCCAAGAAUGACCAGAAGGAGAAGCUCAACACGUGGGUCAAUAACAUGUACGUCUUCUUUGUGAACACGCUCUUCCAGGCAUACAAGCACGAGGAGCUGCUCAAGGAAAAAGUAAAGGAAAACCGGUUGCAGGAUGCAGCCAUGGCUCAACAGAAGAAGAUGGAGAGUGAAGAGCUGGAAGCAAGGCUUAAUAUCUUAAGGGAGGAAGAGGCCAAGAAACAAGAUACUGAGAUGGACAUCCCUGUGAUCAAGGAGCCAGGGGACGCCCUGUCCUCAGUCCUCACACAAAGCCCUCCCAAAGAGGACACAGCUAUGUCUCAGGCCAGCAAGUCCACCCCGAGCAAGAAGAAGAGGAAGUAA